ACUGGCCGAUCCACUGCUGCUGUGUCGAUUAGCGCUGGAGAGGCGGAAGGGGCUGAGGGUUUCUGUUAUUAUCGGUAACAGUUAUCCGAGUCCACCUGUGUUUUAGUCAUAGUGCGGACUGGACGACGCGAUAUUGUGGCGGAGAGCCCCUGCUAAAGCGCCGAGAUGUUGAAUAUGUGGAAAGUCAGGGAGUUGGUGGAUAAAGCCACCAAUGUUGUGAUGAACUACUCCGAGAUAGAGUCCAAGGUUCGAGAAGCCACCAAUGAUGACUCCUGGGGCCCAUCGGGUCAGCUCAUGGGUGAGAUUGCCAAAUCCACAUUUAUGUACGAGCAGUUCCCUGAAGUUAUGAACAUGCUUUGGACUAGAAUGCUGAAAGACAACAAGAAGAAUUGGAGAAGAGUUUACAAGGUACAGUGCACUGCUCAUCUUGCAUCAUAUUUUCACCUUCAAAUGAGACAAUUGUUGAAAUAA